UGCCGAGCCCUAGGUCCCCGAGCGAGGGGAGCGCCCCACUGCCUUCUCCGCACCGAUCAUUUGCUAACCCGUAGCCCCCUGCAGCACCCUCGGGCCUGACCGCUCCCAAAGGUGCAGACAGUGCCCGGAGGGCAGCACUGACUGUCUGGCCACAGCAGAGAGAGGAGGUGAACAUGAGUAGCCCCACCGCGAAGCCGACCUGCCUGUCACAGCCGAUGGUGAAGAGUGUGCUGGUAUAUCGCAAUGGUGACCCGUUCUUCCCGGGGCAUCGGGUAGUCGUCCAUGAGAAGAAGGUGUCCAACUUCGAGGUCUUCCUGAAAGAGGUGACAGGUGGGGUGAAGGCACCUUUUGGGGCUGUGCGUAGCAUCUACACCCCCCGGGGCGGACAUCGCGUCCGUCAGCUGGAGGAGCUCCAGAGCGGAGAGCACUACGUGGCUGGUGGCAGGGAGGCCUUCAAGAAACUCAACUAUUUGGACAUAGGAGAUGCAAAGAAAAAGCCUGCAGAAGUCAAUAAUGAGGUGAAGCCAGUUACUCACAGUAGAAUCAAUGUGUCAGCACGUUUUCGAAAACCACUUCAAGAGCCAUGCACUAUUUUUCUGAUUGCUAAUGGAGACCUUAUAAAUCCAGCAGUGCGCCUCUUCAUUCCUAGAAAAACACUAAAUCAAUGGGAUCAUGUUCUUGAAAUGGUGACAGAAAAAGUAACCCUCAGAAGUGGAGCUGUGCACAGGCUUUAUACUUUAGAUGGAAAACUUGUUCAGAGUGGGUCAGAUCUGGAGAAUGGGCAGUUCUAUGUCGCAGUGGGCAGAGACAGGUUUAAGAAGUUGCCUUAUGGUGAUCUACUGUUUAGCAAGUCUACAAUAAGAAGACCUCAGGGUUCCAAAGCCUCUUCACUGCCUCCUGUUGUGGGAUCCCGAAAAUCUAAAGGGAGUGGAAAUGAUCGCCAAUCUAAAUCUACUGUUGGCUCCCGUGACGCAGGGGACAUGGUGUCAUCUCCUCAGCCUCCAAAGAGAAAGGAAAAGAGAGAACAGACUCAAGAGAAGAUUAAUUUUUCUAACAAACCCAUAAAAGUGAUGCAAAAUAUAAGAGCAAUAACUUAUAUCCUUCAAGAUAAUGAUGAAGGUAUUUACAAAGCUGGUGAAAAACGGUCUGAAAUGUGGGGGGCAGCAGAAAUCCAGGAAGAUGAAGACACUCAGGUAGAGGUUCCAGUGGAUCAGAGGCCAGCAGAAACGGUAGAUGAGGAAGAAAAUGAAGAAGAGGGAGAUGAGGGAGAACUGAAUGGAGAUCAGGGAGAGGAAAUGGGGGAGGCCGUUAAUGGAAAUGUUCUCCAUAAUGAGAUAGAAGAAAAUGAAGAGAAAAUAAAUGAGAAUUAUGAAGAAGAGCAGGAAGAAGAGAAUCUUGGACAGCUGGAGGAAGAGGGGCCUUUCCACUUAAAUGGUGAAACUAAUGAAGAAAAUGGUGAGGAAAUGGAGCCGUUUAAUGAUCACAAUGAUCUUCCUCCUGAAGAAGAAACAAAAGCACCAGAGGACUUUGACAAUCAAAGCCAGAUUGAUUUUCAUCUGGAAAAAUCAUCAAAUCCAAGAGUAACUGUCACCAGCCCACAAGAAAGUGAAAAAAAUGACCAAACCAAUGACCAGCAGAACAAGAAAUCAGUUAUUCACCCAGCUUUACUAUAAGGUAAGACAGCUUCAUUCAAAUAUAAAACCAUAAGCUAAUAUGUUACUUUUCAAAACUGGGAAGUUUACCCAGUCACAAUGUUAAAUUUUAACUAACUUUUUACAACAAAUAUUAAGAAAUUUUAAAUCUCUGUAGUAGAUUAACAGAUUAAUGGAAGAAAAUUUAACUUCUGUUUUAGUUUUGAAAAGUUGUACUGCGGCUGAUUUAUCAGCCAAUGAGAAACUAAUUUAUAAAUGAAAACACUGGCCCAGAUCCUCUGCUGGCAUAACUCAGUUUAGCUCCACCGAUGUCAAUGGAGCCAUCUCUGUUUACACCACUUGGUGAUCUGGCCCACUAGUUUUUUUGCACAAAACUCUGCUAUAAGGGCUCUAUGUAUUAAUCCUGAGCAUAGUCCUUACAGUUUAAAAAUGUUACUUCACCUGUUGCAGUAAGAUGGGUCCAGAUACGCUGAGGUUUCAUUUGCACUAGUACGUAAGAGCAUCAUCCAGAACAUUGGUUGUCUUUAUUACAUGGAUUCCCACUGUCUUUAUUUUUUUUCUAAACUUCAACAGAUAAUGCCACUAUGUUGCAAGUCAUAGAAAUGAAAAUUUCUCGGAUCUUAGCCAUAUUUUAGCUAACUAUAGAUAUGUGAUAGAGGUUUCUUGGUUUUGAUUUUGAGUAGGUUUUUUUGUUAAUGCUAGCAAAUUAUUACUAAACACUCACUUUUUGUGGUUAUCCUGCAGUUAAUUUUUUUAAGUUCAUUCUAAGCUGCUGAAACAAACUUUAAAAAAUGUAAAAAAGCAUUCACAGUCAUUGAAAACCAGCUAAACUGCUAUAUUUUCUCUAGCAGAUAUUUCGAUAUUUCCCCCCAAUGGAAAAGUAAUGUAUGUUGACCCUCCAAUAUAUCUCAGAGUGUUAGCAAUAGAUAGACAGAUAUAUAAAAGGUGACAUUAAAAACCAGAGGAACAAAGUCUGUACAUAUUGCUAGAACUCAAAUAUAAACUUUUACAGUGUUUA